CCCUUGUUCUUAAUAACUGCUCUGGAACUAACAUCACAGGGGUUGGGUUCAACACUGAAGAUACUUUGCUCCGCGUGUAGGUCGACUAACUAUGUCAACACAGGCAAGAAACAGAACCGGGUGUUCGACAUGAACAAGAAACUUGUUGCAGCCAUGUUGCAUACAGGUCUUGGGGAAAGCGAUGUCAACAAUUUGCUUUCGCUGCCCUUAACAUACCAACUGUAUCAUACAGAGUAUUUCCUCUACAAAGUGUGUGCAUUAAAUGCGGCUGAUAGAAUGUUGAUCUUGUUCUCGGCAGCCGAAGAAUCUGUGUGGAGUGUUGAUGCAGGAUGGCAGAAGCGGGGCAGUGGAAAAUGCUAUGACAGCCUGUCUGGACACUGCUCAAUGAUUGGGAACAAAACUGGCAAAGUUCUUGGCUAUUCGAUCCGCUCAAAGAGUUGCCGAAUCUGCCAUCAAGCAAAUAAAGCUAACAGGACUCCUGAAGAGCAUGACUGCAGAAGAACUGGGACGGUUCCAGUAAAGGUUAACAAUACUCUUGGACUGUCACCUGGGACCUAUACCAGACAGCAUUUCACACUGAAAGAUCUUCAGCAUCGCAAACGAAAAGCUAUUGCAUCAACAAUUAAAGCUAAACAGCGUAGAUUACAUCUCAAGGUUAUGAGAAGUCAGAAGCGAACAGUUCAAGAAGUCAGAGAAGGUACGACAUACUCUGCCAUGGUUGACAUGUCUGAGGACACUGACGCCGAUGACCUUGUUAGUAUUCCUCCACCACUCCCUGUACCUGUCCAGGAGCCUUCAGCUUCAACAACAACACCACAGAGAUAUUCUUUGAUCUUGAAACUACUGGCUUAG